AUGGCAGAAAAUUUCGUUACAGGAAUUGUUACUCGGGUUGACAAGGAGUCGAAAAUUGGUUAUGUUUGGACAGUAGGAGUAGUUCGUGAGAGAGAGUUCGAACUCUUAGGCAAUUUAAGUGAGGUUAAAGUUGGUGAUUGGGUAAAGUUUCUGGAUAAAGGGACGGUACUAGCUUGUAUGUCAGUGAUUAGGCCUCUUUUGAAAACAGAAGUUUUUCAGCGAACUGAUGAGGCUUCUCAACAAGUUCAAGAAGGUGUAAAAGUAUAUACGCAGCUUAUUUUCCCUUCUGCUGGGUCAGGACCGAAACAGGAAUACGAACAAGCCGUGCAUAGUGUGGAUUUUGGUAAGGUUGGAAAUUUUGCCAGGAAGGGACUGUCGGAAAAGAACAAAAUAGAAUAUAACGUCUUCUAUAAGGGGUUUGUUACCAGAUUGCCUUUCACCCCGAAAUCUGAUGAGAUCAUUAAACAUUUUGGAACUGUGUGGGCUCUUCCACCACAGCUUUUAGAGAGGGUCCCCGAUGGUGAAACACCGGCUUCCUGGCCAUUUAGUGCUUCGACGAGUAAACCUCCUACUGGUAUUGGAAGGCUAAUCAAAAAUAAGGUGUGUACUGAUGAUGAGAGCUCUUCAAACGGGUGUGGGAUGAGAGGUUACGAAAAGGAAAAUAUUUGUCCAGAUUUACUUUCAAAUAACAUUUUAAAUGGAGUUAAUCACGCAGAAUUUGACAGUGCUGUAAAUGACUAUGGGGAUGGUGGGUCAGGAACCGUGAAGUCGACUGGGAUCGUUAUCCGCUGUUGUGAUCAGUACUAUGUGGUUUGGGGUAAAGACCAUGGAUGUGUGCUUGUGACACUUGGCGAGAAGAUGAAAAACGGGUUAAGUCUGCGGCAGGGUCAGUGGGUGGAAUACGCGUGUUUCAGUGACAAUGUAGGGUCCUCUUAUCGCUAUACAGCUUAUGAAUGUGUUCCUACCGAAGUUCCUGACACUUGUUCUGUUUCUGAAGAUAAUCGCUUAACGGUUAACACAAAUAUAUUCAAAAGCCAGACUCCACCUGACUUUGAAAAAAUUCUUCCACAAUACACAUUGUAUGAAUCAGUUUAUCUUGGAAGCAUAAAGGUUAAUAAAGCGACUGCUGAAAUCUUAAAUCAUAUAGGAACGGCUCUUGAAGUCAAUGAGCUUGAGAAAUUGGAGUUUCCUGUGCGCAAAGAUGGGCCUGUGGCAGGUGAAAACAGUGGAUUUCCGGAACAGAAAGCGAAGGAUGAGAUAGUGGCAAGUAUCGUGCGUGAUUGCUAUGAACCUGAUUUUCUUCAACGGAAAAAGCCUCUUAGCAUGGCGAUUUUUUUGUAUUGUACAGGAGGUUACGGUUUUUUGUUCAACGCUACUAGAGGGGUUGUUGCAGUACGGCCGGAACAUAUUGGUUCUCUUACCCCUGGAAUUUGGGUAAGUACGGAAAUAAUUCGUAUAAAGGAUUCUUCUGGGGAAGCUUGUCGUUAUGUCACUGUCUCACCUCUAAAAAAAAUUGAUGACGUUCGGCCAAUUCGUGUGCGUGGAGGUGGUGUCCAGGUACAAGUGAUUACCGAACCUGGCGGAAAACAGGAGGUGUUUGGUGGUUGUACCUAUAUAAUUCGUCGAUGUGAAGUGGGAGACAUCCGCAUUCCUUUUGAGAAGAUCAGGACUACAGAUAGAGAGAAACGACUGAGUGUAUGGGCUUCAUUUUCGGAGAAUGGCUUUUGGGAAGUUGAUUUAGAAGAAGACCUUUGGGAAGUGAAAAAGAAAGGAGCAGAAAGUGAGUUAUUGCAAACACUUGGUACGAGUAACACAAAGGUUAUUACUGAACCAGUACCCUCCGGAGUGAAGGAGAGACAGAGUUGUAUUGGUUUGCAGCGACCCAAUUCAGAAAAUGGGUUACUUGAUGGUUCUGCAGUUGUUAGUGAAAAGGAACUUCAAGAACCGUUAAUUAAUUUUGACAACUGUACCUCAAUUAAACGUGUCUCUAUUUGCACUUUGACUCAUCCGGUCUUACAGAUCACGUUUUUCUCUGCAUUACGCGACAUUUUAAAAGAUGAGGAAAUAAAAGGACUAAUAAGGCAGAAAGGCCUGUCUAAUGAACUGGACUUUAUUCUGAAGCAAAUUGACUAUGCAUAA